AACUGGGACCGUGACAACACGGCCCCAUCCGGCGGCCCAUUCCGUGCCGCCCCCCUCGGGCCACACACGCGAGGGACGCGCCGCGGGAACGGAGCGCGCAGCCAUGGGCGCCGCGGCACUGGCCACGCUGGGGUGGGCGACGCUGGGGUGGGUGACGCUGGGGUGGAUGCACGCCGGGGUAGACGGAAGGACGCCCGCCGUCUAUACGAUGAACGUCAUUCUCAUCGUGGAUAACAACACCGCGUGGUCGAUGAACACCGUUCGUCCCGCCAUCGAGCUCGCCAUGGAUGACGUGAACACGAGACUGUUAGCAGGCACGGGCGUCAGGCUCAACGCAACGUUUGACUGCUACAGCUCCGAGUGGCUGGAGAGCAAAGCCUCGAGCUGCGAGGACACGGACUGCGAGGCCAGGGAGCUGGUCAAGGCGCUCAAGGCCAACGAUCAGCUGGGAUGCGUGAUCGUGGGCCCGUCCUGCCAGUACUCCUCCUACUCCCUUCUCAGGUCCCAGAGCGUGUUCAAUCGGCCCGUGAUCGCGGCAGGCAGCUUCGGGCUAUCCACUACCUACAGCGCCAUCCUGAGCCGCACGCUCGUGCCUGCCACCAAGAUUUCGACGAUGCUCACGCGCCUGUGGGCGCACGCGGACGCGCGCAAGCAGUUCGCCUGGCGCACGGCCAUUGUCUUCACCGAGGGCAACAACGACGCCAACGUCUGCUUCUGGUACCUGCAGGCCCUGCUCGAGAACGUGCAGGGGCCCCUGGGUCAGAAUUUCAUGUCGCUGCGCGGGCUGCUCGGCAAGGAUCACGUCCUGGCGCUCGACACGUUCGCGCGCUUCAACACGACGCUCAGCGGGACGCGGCACAGCAACGUGAUCAUCAUGUGCGCCAGCCUGACCCGGGCGGAGGAGGUCAUCAAGGGACUCGGGCACUUGUCUGCGGACACGCGCGAGCAACUGGUGUUCGUGGUGAUCGACCUGUUUGGCCUGGACUACUAUAAGACGUACGAGAACCACAGCUCGGCGCUGGAGCGAGCGCUCAUCGUGACGCUGCCCGAGAGGCAGGCCACAGCCUUCGGCGAGAAAUUCAACCUCACCAGCAACCACUUCGUGGUGGGCUACUACGACAGCGUGCUGCUGUAUGGCUCGGUGCUGCGCAGGGGCCUUCAGCAGGGCAGCUACUCGUGCAGCAGCGCGGACGCUCACAGUUUUCGAAAUCUGCACUUCCAAGGCCUGGAGGAGGAAAUCUAUCUCGAUGAGAACGGCGACCGGGACACGAAUAUUAAGAUCCUCAACCUCCGCGGCAACAAGUUUGAGGAGGUGUGGGACUACUCCACGGGCCUGGGCACCUUCCUCCUGGCAGAGAACGUGACACUACCCUGGCUGGGCAACCAGCUGCCGGACGACACCCCCAAUUCGCCGAAGAUGAUGGAGGUGGUGAAGAUCGCGCUGGUGGCCGUGUGCAGCCUCCUUUUCCUGCUCUUUCUCGGAUUCAUCAUCAUGUGGAGGAAGUAUGCAGUGGAGAAGCAGCUGAGCAGACAGCGAUGGGUGAUCCCCUGGAGUGAGCUGCAGACUCUUCCUGACGACGAGGCUCAUCUUACAUUCGAGGUGCGAAUAGAAAAGCUGAGCGUGGAUGGGAGCCACGGCCCAGUGCCUCCGUGUGCCCCGUGCUUCCUCAAGCGCAAGUACGAUAACAAAGUGGUUGCUCUGAAGCCGCUCUGCCUGGCUGAGAAGGACUUCUCACGACCACAAAAGCUGGAGCUUAACAAUUUGGUGGCUCUGGACUUUGAGAACCUGGUCAAAUUCUAUGGGACGACGACGGACGUGGGCGCGACGUACGCGGUGGUGGAGUUCUGCAGCCGCGCUGCUCUGCGGGACAUCCUGGACGACGAUGUUGCGUACCCUGAGGAGACACUGAUGGACUGGGAUUUCAAGGUUUCGCUCAUGCAGGACAUCGCCAAGGGCAUGGCCUACCUGCACUCGAGCAAGAUCACCGUGCAUGGGCGACUCAAGUCUACCAACUGCGUGGUGGACGGGCGGAUGGUCGUCAAGAUCACGGACUUCGGCCUGGUCUCCCUGCGUGAUGACAUUCGUGCUCCUAAGAACAAGGUUUCGAUGGUGUCCAUCGGCAAGGACGAGCCCAUCAUAGAGACUCAGGCAAAGCCCAGCACAGUGCACGCGCUGCCCCCCGGCACCGCGGGGCUGUGGACGGCCCCGGAGCUGCUGCCCCUGCGGGCGGGGGCCUCGCAGCGGGGCGACGUGUACAGCUUUGGGAUCGUGCUGCAGGAGAUCCUCUACCGCAGACAGGUCUUCUACAUCCAGGGCAGCUCCCUCACCGAUAAGGAUAUUGUGGAGCAGCUGCUCAGUGGGAAGGUCUUGCGGCCUACACUGGACAUGAAUGACUUCAUCCAUAAAGGUGGAGGUGAAGAGCUCUGCGCAAUGAUCACCGACUGUUGGGAGGAGGUUCCCGAUAAGAGACCGGACUUUCGUAAAAUUGAGGGCAUUUUGCGUCGGAUCUCAAUAGUGCACCGCUCCAGGUGCAUCCACAAGGGCAAGGCGGAGAGCUACGUGGACAGCCUGAUCCGCCGGCUCGAGCAGUAUUCCAAGAACCUGGAACGCCUGGUGGAGGAGCGCACAGAGCUGUACAAGCGCGAACGCGACCGCGCCGACCACCUCAACUACCAGCUACUGCCCAAGACAGUGGUGCAGGCACUCAAGAGCGUCGGCUCGGUGCAGCCGGAGCUGUUCGAGGAGGUCACCAUCUACUUCAGUGACAUCGUGGGCUUCACAACCAUCUGCAAGCACUGCGAGCCCAUGGAGGUCGUGUGCCUGCUCAAUGACCUGUACAAGGAGUUCGACUCCAUCGUUGACUCGCACGAUGUCUACAAGGUGGAAACAAUAGGUGACGCUUAUAUGCUGGUGUCGGGGCUGCCCAAGCGCAACGGCUGCCACCACGCCAUGGAAAUCGCCAACGUGGCCCUGGACAUCCUCGCCUUCAUGGGCUCGUUCCACAUUCAGCACCUGCCGGGCCUGCCCGUCUGGGUCCGCAUCGGCAUACACUCAGGAAAGUGUGCGGCGGGGGUGGUGGGGAACAAGAUGCCCCGGUACUGCCUCUUCGGGGACACUGUCAACACUGCGUCUCGCAUGGAGUCGACGGGCUACCCUUACAGGAUCCACGUAAGCCAGUCCACUGUGGACACCCUCAACGCACAGCAGUCAGGACAUCAGUUCACGUGCCGCGGCAUCGUCGAGCUGAAGGGUCGGGGGCUAGAAGUCACUUACUGGCUGGUUGGACGAAAGGGUUUCUUCAAGAAGCUGCCCGAGCCUCCCAAAGCGGCGAGUGCGCAUGGGCUGCGCGAGGAAUUUGAAAGGAUGAUUGUGGAUGUGAAGCGGCGAGGGGUGGGAGAGAGACUCUGCCCACCGGACAGAGGAGCCGCGGGCAGCGACGUGGAGACGGAAUACUGGCAGAUCGACAGCCGAGUCCGCCUGCAGUGCGAGACCCGGCUCUAACGCGCAACGCUACAUCAUACUCACAAGCAGACGAUUUGCCCCCUUCCCACAUCUGUCCAUCCACAUCAAUUAUUACACAACCCACCGGCCACCUGGAAGUGGAUAACUUCAGCGGCAUUGGUUUAAUAUCAUAAAACACCAGACCCGUCUCAAAAUGCAUUGCCUCAUUUCAGCAAGCCUGACUGCUGUGAUGAGACACUGUCUGUCUAAACCGGCAUGGAGUGUGCUUGUGGUGAAGCAAUGCUGCUGAAAUGAUGCACUCACAUGAGACGAUGUGGCAAAUGGGAAGUGUAAGAAUACUUUUUACGUGGAGAGACGGAUAUGUCAAGAAGGUGAAGUGUCUGUUCAUAUAUUUUAAUAUAUACACUUGACUAAUAUUUAUUUAUCAAAUGUGACUUGUUUUGUCAGAGGUGUUAAUUGCUGAAACGCUUAAUAGUCGAGCGUUAUCAGUUACAUCUACUUCACAUUGUAAUCAUAUUUACCCGUGUAUGUCUGAUAGCAGAUACAAACCAAUGCAUUGAACAAUACAAAAUAAAUAUAACA